CGGUCAUGGUGUUGCCGUUCGGAAAUCGUUCCCUCGUUGGAAGAAAUCUUGCGGUCUAUAAACACUAAAUUGAAAUGCCCUCGCUAGCUUUUUUCCAUCAAAAGACGACAAAAAUGUAUAAAAUUGACAUUCAUAGCGAUAUUUGGGGUAAAACCGUGUCGAAGAUAGCACUUCAUGAGAUUUUAUUCGGGAGGUCGUUUCUUCCCGAAUCGAAGCGAUAUAACGCUGGUGGCAUGCCAUACCACGGGUAGCAGAUAAGGAAGGCACAAGUAAACAUCGGUCAAGAUUCCUGACAAUGGUCGAAUUUGAAGAAAUUUAUCUUCUAUGGGGACUGAUGUAUAUUUUCCUUGCAACUUCACGAGUUUUUAGCCUCGUUGGACUCGAAGGCAAGUAUUAAUUCGCUUUUUUAUCGCCGAACUUGUAUUUUAGCGAACAUAGCUCAGUCAGUGUAAACAAUAAUAUCACGUGACCGUAAAUUUUAGAUAUAUGUUAUCGUCUAUAAAUGCUUACAUACUGUCCAGUUUUUGUUAGAAUACUCCCAGGGGAGUUUUGAAAUAGCUGGCUAUUUAAUGUUUUCUGCAAAAUACCGUUAAUGAUGCAGUUAAAUGGUUUUAUAUUAUGCGAUUUAUUUGUUAUUUUGGCUAAAAUUGCAAACUUUUACCGAAGCGCAGACGACGAAGCGCUCGCGCAUGCGCAAAACGACCCAAUUCAAGCAUCAUGGCGCUCGUUCACAGUGAAGGUCAGGAUCGUUGGUAUUUUACUAAAGAAGAGCUGCAAAGAACGCCUUCUGUGCUCUCUGGAAUCGAUACCGCGAAAGAGCUAAGUUAUAGGCAACAAUCUGCCAACCUAAUUCAAGAUAUGGGGCAGCGUUUGCUAGUGUAUCCUUCGUUUAAAAUUGCCUAUGUUUUCGUGACACAAGCCGGUAUUUUGAGGGAAAUUUCAGUAUAUUUUAUCAAUUUAAGUCAUAUUUUAGUAGAUAUUCUUAUUGAAGUUUUAUUCAACCGUCUUUUGUUGUUUCCUUGACGUUAAAUUUACACAAACAGAUCUCAGCUCACAAUCAAUACAGCCAUCGUCUACAUGCACAGGUUUUACAUGUUUCACUCGUUUUCAGACAUGAAUCGCAAUGUAAGUUCAAUGAUUAAACUUGAUUUGAAAUAUAAACUUCAUAAACAUUUGUAUGUUCAUGUAACUGUAGAACAGUAGUGAUGAUGAACAGAGUUGAUCUGCCCCUUUAAAAGUACUUUAAAUCACUAUAAAAUAUGUCGCUAUCUGACUGAAUCUUGCAUAAAUUUUAAGUGAUUUCAGUGUAAAUAAAUGUGUAGUGUUAGGGGCUUGUCGUAGAUUGUGGAUUUAGGGAAAAUCUUGACUUUAUAGUGCCCAAAUAAUCGCCGAAUAUACCAACAGAACAUGCAAUAAAAUACUGAAUUACACACCAUUAAAACAGGCUGUCAAAUGCUUGCAUUACCCAUUACAGUAUUUACUCACUUCAGUGUCUAGCUAUGAAGGUCAUGAACAGUUUUAAUAUGGUACCAUUUUUUCCUGCUUGAAUUCCAUUUUUUCUAACUAAUCAAGUUAUCAGUUCCUAAAACCAUAGUAGUAUUCUUUUAAAAUUUAGGUCAAAAUACAAAAUUGUGGCACACUUCUUGCCAGCUUCAUGUUAACCGUGUACACAAAAACAAUAGAUAGGGACUGGAACUGACUUCCGAUUGCUCUUCAAUUUCUGCCAUCUUGGCUUCACUUUUUGGACUCGAGUUCUCACUGCCUUGUAUCCACAGCAUUUUCCUUCGUUGCUGGGCAUCACAAACAAUUUUUCAGAAGGUGCUUUGGUUAAGCGCUGUGUUAUGCAGGGGUUUCAGAAUAAGCCGGCUACUUGAACUUUUACCGCCGGCUACUUUUCAUCUGGUCGCAGGAAAAAUUUUAUAUACAAAGGUACAAGCGAACCAACACGAUGUUUGUUAUGUUCCAAUUGGAAUUCAAGUUGGCCUCAAAUUUCUCUGAAAUUAAUCGACUCCAAUGGCGUUAAAAAUUGCCGUAGAAUGUAACAGCUGUCUACGGCAAUUUUGUCAAUUUCCAUGGCAUUUUUUUCAAAUUACAGUACUGCAAUAAAAAUGUAAUUUUAUUGUUACUUUGGAUUGCUGACAAGCUAGAAACAUGUUUACGUAUUUCUUUAGUGUUUUUUUUUUCAAAGAAAACUGAGACUAAAAUAGUAAUUUACGGAUGAUUUGAUCAACAUCUGAAUUCAAGUAUCAAAAUAGUAAUGCACAGUGAACAGUUUAAAAAUUAUAAAAUACGGCAAAAAAUUGCCGUCGUUCCUGCAAUGAUCCACAGCAUUUUGUUCUCCCUCUACGGUAUAAGUGCCAUAAAAUUCAAGCCCUGAAUUCAAGCAAGAUCAAUAAGAUAAGUUAUAAUACAUAGUACCAAACAUAGCAAAAGAAAGAAGUGAUGAAGUGAAGUUCAUUACGUACAUAAGUAUAACAUCAUUUGAUUAAUGAUUUCGGACUCAUAAAUUAAUACUAUUACUGUAGUGUACAUUGUCAUUCUGUUCAUGCAGCUGUAAAAAUUAAACUACUAGUAGCACAUUAAAUUACAUUGUCACUUACAAGUAAAAAUGCAAAUGACAUCUAAAUCUAAUAUGCUAACAGUUGUACUUUGUCUUUUUACUUAUUCUAUAUUAUUUGAUUGUUAAUUUGUGGCGAAAAUUUUUUAAAUUUCCAUGCGAGGGUACGCCCUCCUCCCAGCAAGAUUUUUUAACUAUCAGUCACAGCCGGCUACUUUUUUGGUACAAAUGCCUACUUCAAAUCAUUCUGAAACCCCUGCUAAGUUUUGCUCUGAUAUGAUGUACCUACUAUUUGUAAUAGGGUGGCGCUUAAUUUGAAUGGUUAAAAUGGUACUUGCAUAUGUUAACCCAUUGAGCCGCAAUGCAUGCGCCCCAGUGCGCCCUACUUAUUUUUUACUUGUCUGAUGCCAGGCAAUUUUACUUGUCAAUGGGGAAGCUCUUCAGCUUAAUGGGUUAACCAAAAAAUCUGACAAUGUCUCUAGUAACCCAUUCAGCCACAAUGUGCCCCAGUGUGCCCUACUUUUUUUUUACUUGACAAAUGUCUUAUGCCAGACGAUUUUACUUGUCAAUGGGGAAGCUCUGCAGCUUAAUUAAUGGGUUAAAUUGUAAAGUAAUGAAGUCCAGCUUUUAUGAAAUCUUUAGUGAGUAUUUGUACAAAGCUCCUGGCCAUGUCAAUUUGGCAAUUGCUGUAUUUAUCUGUUUAAGUGAUAGAUGAUUUUACUCUUUCUUGGGUUAACAUUUUGUUGCAUAAUGAUGUCAACAUUCCUGGAUUACAUAUAAUUAAUAGCUAAUUUUGUAAUUGUACUAUUGAUUUCCAAAUACAGUACAAUAACCAUAUUUAUUUUUUUCUGGUCCAUAAUCCCAGGUCCGUAACGUAAAUGGUGCCUUCUGAUUGGUUGACAAGAGGUCUCUAUCACACGAUAUGGACCUCUCACGCACAUUACGGACAGCAGUUUCCAUGAAUUAUAGACUUAUUUCAGUCAUAUUGUUUAUAAUUGUUGCCAGCAAGUACAAUGUGUUGCUGCAUGUCAAAAGAAUGUUUUUGAAGCAUGUUAUUAUGCUAAAAUGAUCAGGAAAAUAAAUAGUUUUAAUCACUUUACCUUUUUAUUGUCUUGUUGAGUAGAAAAGCUUUUAUUGCAUAAACAAUAAAGGCUUUUUAUUGUGUUGUUGUUUUAGCAAUAUAUAAGCCAUGCUUCAAGGACUAAAGUAACAAACACAACUAAUCUCAAAUCUAGUUCAAACAAUGGAUUUUUUUACAAAUUUAAUUAAGCGUUGAUUAAGCAUUAGCAAAAAAUAAAUAUGUUAUUUACUGUUAAGGUCAGCCCUUACUGAAAAAAUUCCUCUGUCUCAGAAGAGUCCUUCGGUCUCAGGCCGCUUCUAAGACCUCCGGGAACAUAUUUCUCAGUAUGGACCUCCCCAGCCCUCGAAAACGAGGUUGGCAUUUGACAAUGACCUAUUUAUUUAUUUGAUUUUGACCUACAGUAUCAACCUCCCAGGUCGGCAAAUUUUUGCCGACCUUAAUUCAGCCAAAGUAAUAAUCUUUUUUGUGCUGAUAGCUGUUAUUGAAUUUGAUUCGUAGUUCGAUUAACUAAACACACUUCAGUGUAAGGUUUAAAAAUUGACGGGUAUUCUAUAUAUAAUUUAGGUAAGACUCCCAAAGAAAAGUCGUCAUGUUACUUUUCAAUCAUAAAUAUGUGAUUACUAGUGCUCCAAGACAUGGAAACAGAUAUUUAAAAAUGCUAAGAUGUGCCGACCUAGGUCAGAUUUAGGUUGGCAUUGUUUUGCCUCCCAGCCGGUAAAUAACAUAUACAGUAUACCUUGCAAUCUGGUUAUUACUCAAAUCUUGAGUGCACAAGGAGUUAGAGCUGUGCAAACUCAGGUUAUUUUAGCUCCUGUGUCCGGCUUCAACAGUCAAAACUCUGGCUCCGGCAAGGAAAUGUUAAGGGAAUUUCAUAUUUAAAAGUGGAAGCAGGCAAAAGUAUAUUUUCAGUAUGUUUUCAGUGUAAUUUCAGAAUUUAUUUUAUUCCUUUUUGAGCUUUCUCCUUUACUUAUCAAAUAUAUGUGCUUUGGUGCUUGCUUAAAUAAACAAUGUUUUGCAGAAAGUAAAACCGCAUGCUGGCAUGGCACUGUGGUACUUUCACCUACACGGCAAGGACUGAACAAUGUUUUGCUGCCCACGUUGUUCACACUUGUCAACAGUAUUGAACAAUGCUGUUGAGCAUGAAUCGGGGGUAACAAUAUUGUUCAAUAUUGUUGACAGCUAUGAACAAUGUGGGCAGCAAAACAUUGUUCAAUCCUGUUUUCAUCAGUAUUGCAUCAACCUGAGCGUUUUUUUGUCGUGUAAAAUACAUCGGGGUCAGCGGAUUUUCGUAUCAAAAGUGAUAGUAAUGCGCUUGCAGAAUUUUCGAAACCACGAAUCGGAUCUGAGCAAGUAAUUAAACUUUCUAGUAAGUAGUAACUCAGUUCAAAUCAUUCAACUUAAUUUUUCCAUUUCCAAAAGUUUCUUUGAAAUAUGAAAUAAUGUUUCAUAAUUUUGUUUGCUGAGCUUUCCGGCUCCGGCAAAAUAUCCGGUACUCUGGCACACAGCUCUGCAAGGAGUAGAGCUGUGCAGUUACACCAAUUUCAUCUCUGUUUUGGUUUCAGUCUUGGAAUGGAAGAACCCUGGUUCGGUGUUGGUUUUGGUACUUUCAAAAGAAAAAUAAUUGAAACCAUUUGCUCAAUAAAUUGUAAUACCACUUUGAAUUGAAUAACUCAUUACAAGUUAAAUGAAACAAAAUCAUUGAUUAUGGGAUAGACUAUCUGAGAAGUAAACAUGUAUUCUGAAAUAAAAUUAACAAAAAGGAAAUCAUGUUGUUCCCACUUUUUUAAAAUUAAAGCCCAAAUAGGGGCCUUUUUUGGUAGUAUUAGAACAAAACUUAAAAUUCCUUAGAAUUUCCAUUCGACUUCCGGUUCUAAGAAAAGAACCGAACUGACCAAAUCUUUCGGUUAACCGCACAGCUCUGACAAGGAGUAUGUUUGGUUAAAUUGUAUUUCUUACAGGUUUCAGCUUGAAAUGAACUUUGUUAUCUGUCUCACUGCUAAGUUUUAAACUAAGUUCAGAUAUUUUUUCUCUAGUCUGUUGCUCCAUGCUGUCUGUUUCUUUCUGCUAAACUGGAGGAACAGCCCAGAAAACUGGAACAUGUGAUCAAAGUGGCAAAUAUCUGUCUUCAAAAGAAUGACCAGCUAGAUCCAAAAAGUGAGGUAGGUGUACUUAAAUGCAAAUUGUGGAAAAUUUGAUAACAGUUAUCUUAUAAGCUUGCACAUUUUGAAAGUUAAGGUUGUGUUGCACAAGGUGACAAGUCACAGUUGGUCACAGGGACUUGUCUGUUGCAAAAGGUCACACAGUUGGUCACAGGGAAUUUUCUGUUGUGAAAGGUCACACAGAGUGACAUUUCUAUAGGUGACAACUGGUUGCAGGGAUUUGUAGCAGGGAUUUGACUCUGAUUAGUAAAUUUAAAUGUGAAGUUUAUUUUCUCUUAGCAACAUAUUGCAUGAGCUGCUACUAUGAUGGGACAAGUUGCAGGGAUUCAUGUUAUUCCCAUGACUAGAUUUUUACAAAUGUUGCAUGAUGAAAUUUGUCCCCAUGGCCGAAUAUUUAUGUUACGAAAUGUAGUCGGUGUGUCAGGCUUUUUUAGUGUCAUAAAGCCGAGGUAACAAAUUUUAUCCAGCAGAAUAGUACAUGGGUGUCAGUUGUGUGAAUCUGUGUUACCUGGAAAUGACUUGAACUAACUACAAACUUGGUCCAAAGGUCCUGGGCUCACUGCAGUACCUUGUGUACAUAAUGGAGAUGUUAAUUUUGAUUGGUCAAAAUUUCUAAUUAUUUGUUGCAGACAUACCUCCAACAGGCUCAAGACCUAGUCAUCAAUGAAAGUAUAUUACUUCAAACAUUAGGUGAGCAAAAUUUCUGGUCUUUGUACUGUAGCUUUUUACUUAUUCAGAGUCAGUAACAAACAAUAGAUAGUUUAAACAGUAACACUGGAAACUGCCUCAGCUUUUUAAAUUACUGUUGCCUAGACAACAAACUCCUGAAGUUCUCUGAUAAUUUACCCAAAAGUAUUUUGUUGCAUGGCAUAUUAUAAUUUCAGAUUUUGAAAGUAGCGUGAGGCGGUUUAUACAAAAAAAAACGACCCGAAAAAAACGAGUGAACCAUACGAAACUACGGUAAAAAAAGAUGCAACACGCUACUCAGUACUCACGCAAGAUAGUAAACGUUAACAGGUGGGAAAUUUGUCUGAGCAUGCACGAGCAAAAUGAGCCACGCAAUUAUUUACAAAAAGCCGCAAUUGUGUAAAUAUUGCCAAAUGUUUGGUACAAAAUAAAUGACUGUUUUAUGUUGAAAAUGGACAUGAUCUAAUUAAUCAUACAGAAUUUUUUAGUGAUGUUCUAUUUCAGUACCCUACCAUUGUCCCUGGUGUGCUGUCCGUGUGCAUUUGAUCUGAAACAGUUGCUACUUUGCUGUCGAAACACUUCGCAUGUUUGCAUGAAAAUAGAGACAAGUCAUGCAUUUUAUAACCUUGUAAACUGUAUGAGCCCCUAUUUUUACGCUUAUACCUAAGAUAUCAAAUAAAAAUACAUGAAACAGAGAACAUUUUUAGAAAGUUUUAUCGUGAGGCCACGGCCAGUUUCUAAAAUAUCUUCAUGUUUCUUUUCCGGUCAUCACCAAAAUUACACUGAAGUCGGGCUUGAAUAUACAACAAAUUUUUAAUCUCAUCAAGUACAAAAAUAUUUAACGUGUAACCAAAAUAUGCUCAUGAAAUGGAAAUUAUGAGCUAAAUUUUAAAGUAGACUCUUCUCGACGCGGUUUUCAUGAAGGAAGUUCACCUUUCGGCCUUUGAUUCUUGGCAAAAAUUUGACCACAACACGUGCGAAGCAACUGGGUCUCAAAGACUUAGCUAAAACAUUGUGAGCCCCUAUUUUCCUGAAGAUAUGUUUGAUACCUACAAACGCCGAAAAGGUUUUUCUUUGAGGCCACGGGCUAUUUUUAAGAAAAUACAGUUCAAAGUCAAGCUAUUUUUACAUAUUUUCAAAAUUUGUCAAAUUUCGCGAGCUUGUAUUUUGAACUUAGACCGCUGAAGUUACAUUAAGAAACAUAGGAAGGAAAAUUUGAGGCAUAUAAAAUAAAUUUCAACUUACAAUUUCAUUCUCGUAUCACGUUGUUCUUCGUUUAUUACGGUUUUAAGCAAGCCAUAGCUCGACGUAUACUGUAUUUGCUUCCAUAUGUUCACGUCGCCAUAUUCACUUCUUCCAAUCACUCGAUUACAAAAAAAAUCAUCCCAAAACAAAGAAUUCAUGAUCGACUUUUAAAAGAAUAACCGUUAAUUUGUAAAUCGUUGAAUGGAAAGCAAAAAAUCGUCAGCUAAAACAGCUUCUUGCUAACUUUCUGCUUUGUUUUGAAUGUAAAUGCAAUGGAGCUUUGUUUCUGCCCGCGAUUUUUUGGUCAGCGACGACAAAUUUCCCACCUGUUGUAAACGUUACCUUAGGUAUUUUGAAGACGUUAUCGGAUUUCAAACAAAAUCUCUUUAGUUUUUCGUGUGUAAAUGUCAAAACUUGAUUCAUUUGCAACAAACUCGUAUAUUAAACAUUUAGACUAGCUAAUGUAAAACUUUCAACUAGGGUGAGGCGGUUUUUCGGUAAACCGAAAAAACCCCGAUAUUUUUUGAAAACCCAAAAACUCGAUGUUACUUUUGGAGAAAAACCGGAAAACCAAAAAAAACGGGGUGGGGGCGGAAAAAACCCCGAAAAAAAUCGGUAUUUUUAUAAAAUCGAACCAUACGGUUAAAUUCCAACAUAUUUUGAUAAAAAGUAAAGUACAAUAUACAUUUCAAUUACUAGGGUUUGAAUUAACUGUGGAUCAUCCUCAUACACAUGUGGUUAGAAUAACACAGUUAGUUAGAGGUGAGAAUGGUUUUUGCUGUACAGUAAGCUACUGCUUGUUUGUCAGUAUUCACUUCAACUGACUGUUCCAUAUAUUUAACAGCAAGCAAGGAUCUUGCCCAAACCUCGUAUUUCAUGGCUACAAACAGGUAGGGUAAAGGAUAUGGUCAUACUGUGCAUUGUGUGCGUGUUAAUUGCGUGUUGUUUAUGCUAAAUUAUUUUUUAUGUUGUUUUUCUCUUAUAACACGUGUCACUGACAAUUUCUCUUGGGAGGUUUAAUUUUAUGCAUAAAAUAAUUAUAACGAAAUAGAUAAUGCACAUAACGUGCCCAAAGUUGAUUUUUGGGUAGAAAUUGUCAGUAUUCCAAAUUACUUGAGUAUUAUUUUACUUCGCCAUCUCUCAAUUUUGUAUUUUCACCAUAAUUAAUUUGGGCUUGCUAAAUUCCAUUUAUACAGUUGCAUGUACUUGUAAAUAUUCGUAUGUUAUGACCACAGAACUGGCUCUUAAAAUGGUUUAUCUUCAGGGCCGAAAGAAUUUAGAUUACUUUCGAUUCAUUCAGGAUUAAUUCUUAUGAAAAUGAAUAACCAUGUUUGUACAGUAAUAUAUAACGACCUGUUUUAUACAGUGUUGAAGAAUGAUAUUUGCUGUGUUGGUGUAAUGUACUCAGGUGAAUAAGAUGCUUGUGUGAUGUUACUCUGAGUGUAUAUCCACACCGGGCAGGCUUGAAAAAUAUGCCUGGCCACGGUGGGAAUCGAACCUACGACCUUUGGAAUACUAGCCCAAUGCUCUGCCAACUGAGCUACGCGGUCAGGUCGUUUGAAUGUUUUUCAAAUUAUCGUGUCUUUGUAAGAUGCAGUUAAUGAUGUAUACAUGAACAAGACGCCUGCUCAGGCGUUCACACUGACCUGAAAAUGACGACACACGUGCUAUGGUGUGCAAUAGACAAGAAUACAAAACGCGGUGAACCGCAAACGCAAAGCGUGAAACGGUGAAAAGCUAAAAGCUUGGCGUGAUCCUCAGGAGAUGUUUUUUCGUAAUGCCCAUUGAAACCCAAGUAUUACUCACAAAUACAAACGUUAUCCAUAAAUGCACAUGGUCUCUGAGUAUGCGAUGCGCUAACGCAGACAACAUUGUUUACAUUCCGUGAAUCCGUAUUAAACGUAUAAAAUCGAUCCAGAUAUUGCAUUUUCAGAGACGUUGCACGAAAAAAACACUCAGUCAACUUCCAAGAAAGUGCAGAGUAGGAUUAAUCUAAAAUCCACAGAAAAACGCGCUAAAAUUCGUUGACAAAUGAAUAAAUUGUCGCCAUCUUGAAAACUGAUCUGUAUAGUAAACUGGAAUGACUGUAACACUGGAAACUGAGCCUGCGAUGCGCUAACGCAAACUCGAUAUCUCGACGACGAAAAAACCAGAUAUUUAGGGAUUUAAGACACUUGACCUUUCAGGUCAGUGUAAUAAACGUUGUUUUGGUUUGUCUUGAAUGGUAACAAUUUGACAUUUUUAAAAAUAAAAUUGGAUGAAAACUGUAGUUGUUGAUUUUUCAAUUUACAAUACAACUACAGUUUAUGUCUAGUUGUGUACCCAAAUUCUUAAUUGUAAUUAUUGCCAAAACUCCCAGUUUUAAAAUAAUAACGGUAGAUAUAGGCAAGAGUAAGAAAACAUCUAUUAUAUAUUAGUUUAAUACUGUUUCAAUAAGCAUGAUUUUAUUAUGGAUGUACUGAAUAAGAAAGACGCAGAACACCCAAUAUGUUUACAUUCGUGUAAAAUAUGAACCUGACUGAACAUUAUUUUCAUUUUAGUCUUCAUCUCACGCCCUUUUGUAUUCAACAUAAACCUUCAGUCGUCGCAUGUGUUUGUAUUCAUCUGGCUUGUAAAUGGUCAAACUGGGAGGUAAUUAAUCUAAAUGAAAAUUACUAAAUGACACGAAAGUGUAACUAAAACGUCUACAGUACAAAAGCAAGUACAAUAGGCUGAAGUUCUUGUGUGGUUAUAAAACCAACUGACAACCAGUCAUUGAUAACACAUGCAAAGUACAAACAAGUGUAAAUCUUACCUUGUUAUUCAACAAAAAUAUCUCAAUACCUGGCAUUGCGACCUGACAAAAGCAAUUUUCACGCAGUCGCGCUGUUUUUUAUGUUCGAUUUUAAGCCCGGCGCACACUGGAGAUAUCAGCUGAGCUGAGCGUCACUCGUGACUGUUGGCGUAAGUAAGUUCCCCCAGUGUGCGGUGGCGUUUUGAGCGAUUUCAGCCACGCGUGCCAUCGGCACCGAAUAUUCAACAUGUUGAAUAAUUUCAGUCACGAAUGAACAUUUCCCCCAAGUGUGCGCGCUCGAAAAGCUAUCACCUUUCAUUGUAGAUCGAAUAGGCAUGUGUAAUAAAACAUAAGACAAAAGGAAAAUAAUUAAUGAGGAAUAUUCAUAUGUCGCUACUCAAGUAUCACAUUCCUCAUUAAUUAUUUCCCUUUUGUCUUGUGUUUUAUUACGCAUGCCUACUCGAUCUACAAUGAAAGGUGAUAGCUUUUCGAGCGCGCACACUUGGGGGAAAUGUUCAUUCGUGACUGAAAUUAUUCAACAUGUUGAAUAUUCGGUGCCGAUGCCACGCGUGGCUGAAAUCGCUCAAAACGCCACCGCACACUGGGGGAACUUGCUUACGCCAACAGUCACGAGUGACGCUCAGCUCAGCUGAUAGCUCCAGUGUGCGCCGGGCUUUAAGGUUUCACUGAUGUUGUGUAUGUUUUUCAGUUUCCUCGAUCUAGUGAUAACAAGGAUUGGUGGGAAUAUGUGGAUCCUACAGUGACUAAACAAAGUUUGGACAGUAAGUUUCUAGUGCAUUCUUUUCAGGUGCCUAGAUCUGAGUUUGUCCAAUGUCAAAACUUGACACAGUAAGUGUGUCUAGUACACUCUUUGAGCUGUAGCCUUGAUGUCGGAAGUUCAAGGUGCGUUAACUGGUGGGACGUGUGUAAUAUUAUUUAGUAGUACGAUUUGUCACUGAGAUUAAUUGGGUUGAUUUUAGCCUGAAGUAUUAAUUUAAUUCAUAAAAUUAGUGGCAUUCAGACAUUUGCAAAUGCAAUUUCUUUUUAUCACUUAUCCGCACGAGGUUGACCCAAUAAAUGCCAGUGGAAAACGUAACCUUAACAUUUUGUCCCAGUGAUACUAUGGUGUCUUAUUUAUGCAUGUUACAGCAAUCUGUCAAGAAUUUUUGACCAUAAUUGAGAACUGCCCUAACAGACUGAAGAGAAGGAUUAACACCGUAACCAUUUACAAGGUAAACGAAAUGUUAAUUUUUAUACUGUUUACGAUUUUUGCCUCUUCUACUCGUGUAGAGAUUUAUCCUGUGUAUUUGUGCUACAUACUGAAUAGAGUACUGUAUUACUAUUACUUCUGAUACACUUCUCAUCAUAUUUUUAAUCAAAUUAUGUGUUUGUUUUAUUUAGGGUGGUCAUCGACCCAAAACUGCUGGCGAGAAGCCCGGUAAGAAUGCUGCUCCCACAAAUGGCGAUGUAACAACGUAUAAAGAAGGGUCUUCCUCAAAGGGCGAGGCGCCCUCCAAAGGAGAACCAUCAAGCCGUGAAACGUCGAAAGUUGAUCAUUCGGUACCAAGGGAAUCCUCAUUAAGUGCCGUUGAUAAUAGUACGGAACAACCCAAUGAACAAAGUUCUGAGAACAAACACAGUGCUGCGACUUUGACGAUUACUAGCAGUGCUGCUGUGGUGGAAACACCAACGUCCACAGUCAUGUUACCUCCAUUACAGCCACUCACUACAAAAUAUGCUAGCAUGCCAGGCUUGUCAUCAAAUUCUACGGAAAACCAGGCUAAAGGCUCCAGUAUUAAGAGCUCCAGCGGUAACAACGACAAUACCAAAGUAGUUUCCGGAACCAAGCAUAAACAUCGGGAGCACGAUGAAUCGUCCACACCUACUAAAAAACUAAAGACAAUGCACUCCAGCUCUUCACACAGCUCACAGUCAAAACAUGCCUCUUCAGGUCGGUUACCAUUUCAAUCUAAACACAGCUCGCAUCAGUCGUCCAAGUCGAGUUCUCAUUCUACUCCUGGUUCACAUCACAAAUUACUUAUAAAAGGUGGUAGCGCUCACCCUGGGCAGCCUCAUCAUAGCUCCUCACCCAAAAUACCAGUCAAAAGCAUUUCUAGCCACAGCUCUCACGCACAUCAUAAUUCCUCGCCGAAAUUGCCUGCCCGAAGCAGUUCAAGUCAUGGAAAUAGUUCGACACACCCUCAUCAUAGCUCGAGCAAGCGCCAUAGUCACCCAGGCCAUUCUACAAGCGGUCAUUCAAAUUCUCACUCAAGUGGUAAUAAAACAGCAUCAUUACAUAAACAUAGUAGCUCGCCUUUAGAUGUUAAGAAAUCUAGUGGUGAACGUCACAGACGGCCUUCGUCGUCAUCAACAAAACCAAGGCCGGAGAUGCCAGCUUUUGGAGCACCAUCCAGCGCCCGUACUAAUGAUGUAGAUAAAACGAAGAAAACUCAGACAAUUGAAGAUUUUGCUUCUCCACCUGGGCCACAGAGAUUGCAAAAAUUGCCACCCCCACGGUCAAUGAACGUUGCGGAAAAAUCAGUUUCUCAUCAUGGUCCACCUCUACCUUCAAGUGGGCAAGCUACUCCACCGCCUCCACCUCUUCCAACAAAUUUUCCGCCACCGCCACCUCCCCCACCAACGUAAUGUAAAACAACUACGUUGCUUUUGAAUUGUUCAACUUCGUGGUGUACGCUUUGUUAUUUUGUGAUGCGUGUGAUUACGAUUAAGUAAUAUAUUGGAACCCUGCUCUGUAUUAUCACAACCAAUUUCCUAUAAUGGUAAAUUGAAUGUACGGUGCUAAAGUUGGGCGGUAUAUUUCUUGGUAUUCACAAUCGUUGAUGACAGUACGGUCUGACGAUAUAGACUGCUGGAAAGUCUUUUUCCCCUUCUAUUCACCCGCAUUUAAGGAAGGGGAAAUAUGGCCUGAUACUCAGGUUAGAAAAGUUCAUAUUGUAUAUGCGUGCGAAAUACUAGAUUUUAGAUUGUCUCCUUGAAUGUUUGGGUUAUCGGGCGUCAAACAUAUUUAGUGUACUGUUCUAUAACUAGAUAUUUUUCAUAUGCCACCCAACUUUAGGCUUCACAAAACUCUGAACUUCAUAUUAUAUUAUUAUAUAAUAUGAAGGGUAAGAUUUUUACUUAUCUUGUCCGAAAUAUGCCUUAUUUUUGACAAGGACGGGAAUAAACUGAUGGUGUUUGGUGAGGCUUCGUUCUAAAUAAAUAAAACAAGGUAUAGUAAGGGUUAAAACAAUUCGGAAUGUCGUAAAUGGACUGUUGGCGGAAUAUGUAGCGACUAAUGACUGUAUAUUUCAAAUCAUCACAAGAAUAGACAAUACUCGUCCGUACAAAAUUUCAUGGAUCAUAGAUCUUUGGGGUUCUGGCAGCAGGCAAUGCCUUCGCUAAUAGCAAGAAGGGGCAUUAAGAUAUGAAGGAGCAGGCUUCUUCCGUAUCUUCACACUACUAUUUUAAUAUUUAAAUCGGAAUAACACGUCGCACGUGGUUGCAAUGUCCACCUAUAUUUAAUCGUGGUAGAGGCAGUGGGAUAAUGAAUCCGUAAUUCAAGUUCUUACCUACACGUUGAGCUAUUCAAAGGAAAUAUAUACUGUGACUGGAUGACAUAUGUAUUGAGUAAUAUGAAUGAUUCAAACAUUUUGCAAACCUGAAAGAAUCCCUGUUGGUUUUGAUUACGUAGAAAGAAUAAAAACGUUCUACUGAAAUUUCACGAGGAAUAAUAAACUAUAUAUUUUCCGGUAUGAAAGAAUUUUUCUAUUGUAAGGGCUUUGAAUAUUAAUCACCGAAAAUUGGUUCAAAUAUUACAUGGAGUGGCCAAUUAGCCUUUCUGACACCAUGGGACUUGGCUCUGUCCUCUAUUUGCAUGACCAUGGGGAAAGUAGACGGCAACAAGCGAAGGAGUGCAUUUGGUGCAGUUAAAAACAUUGCUAAUGUUAAUAAGCAAAAUUUCUUUCAUGCUACCCAAAAAUAGCGGACAAAGCCUGGUGGAAUGUCGUGAGAAAAGCUAAUUACAUAAAGGCUAGAGCUAGUUAAUUGAUGUCCAGAACAGAAGCAAAGUCUAGUUGGCCAUGUCUAUAGGCUUAUAGCACUUUAUAGCCUUUGUGAUCACAGGAACUUUUUAGCGUUAACCAUUCUAAAUCUCCUCAGUUUCGUGAUCACAGUCAACGGUAUAAAAUAUCUCCUCAGUUUCGUAUGCAAAUUGGCUAUAUGAGAUCAUGCGAAGUUUACACCUUUUAUCACAAAAGCAAAGAGUAAUAAAAGAUGAUCUCAUACAGCCAAUUUGAUUUCAUAGCCAAUUUGCAUAUGAAACUGAGGAAGUAUAUUGCAUAAACAUUUGUUUAAUUGCUGAUUACUGCAAGGGACUUUUGGAAUGAUUGACUUGUAAGGUUCCUUGCCUCUCGGAUAGGAUUGAGCAGUUCAACUUCAAGUAUGUCAGUGUAAGUUUAAUUCUUGCAAGUCAUCAACGCAGUUUUGUGCGUAGUCCAUGUUAAAAGUCCUGCAGCGGUAUUAAAAGUAGAUAUUGCGACUCUACUACCUUACCAGUCAACCUAUUCCUUUUGGCCCUGUGGUUAUGCAAAUAACUAUGGUUAUGCAAAUAAUUAUGUAAUAAACUGUAUUAACGUGGUUCAUACUUAAAUUGGGUAGGCGAACAUGUGAAACAUUGGACUAUGGCUAUGGACAGAAAGUAGCUACUUGUUUAAUGAUGUAAAUUAAAUUGUCAUAAGCAAAAAUAAAUCAAAUGUUUGUAAAGUGUGGUGCAAUCUAGUUCUGCCAUCAUGUUUAUGGUUCACAAGUUGAUGUGAUUUUUCUAUAAAAGCGGGAGAGCUGAGCGAAGGUGAUCCCGUUUGCCAAGAUCUCGCUCCGGUAAUAUAAACUCUUUGUUUUGGUUUGUAGAAAACGGCGCGUCUGGUUAUAUUAUUAGCACUGAUGAAAAUCCGGGCUUAUAGAUCUAAAGCAGAGAAUAAAGAUCAGUACCAGAAGGGCCACUCAGCGGGCAACGUGCAGCAUUUUUUAUGCAAAAAUAUGCAGUUGACUGGCCAGAAGGCGGGGCCUCCAGCCAAUACAGCGCGUUUAUUGGCCAGAAAAUGUAAUCGACUGGCUAGGAAGAUGGCGGCCAGCGCGCCCUUCUGUGUGGAUCUUUAUUCUGUGUCUAAAGCUCUCC